AUGCACAACGGUGGGGUGGGGGGGUUCCACAAGGUGCGGAGAAAGCUGCUGGAGUCACUGCGGGAUGACGUGUACCAGCAGUGCCCCUCCUUCGAGUCCGACUCCGCCAUCUGCUUCGCUCUCUUCCUCAACCAGAUCCAAGACCCCAUGCAGCAGCUCGCACCAGAGGAGCUGGUUGCGAAGAUGGAGGCGACGAUCAACGAGGUGAACCGGCUGUGUGGCGAGGCGGGGGUGGCAGACGAGCUCUCUCUGCUCAACUUCGUUGUCUCCGACGGCCGCACUGUGGUGGCCACCAAGUAUUGCAAUCUGCCCCAUGAGGAGUGUGCGACGCUGUACUACGCAAGUGGCAGCCGGUUUGAGGCGCUGGACGGCAGCAGCAAUGAUUACUUGGUGCGCCACGCCGACCGCCGUGGGCUGCUGGGGAUCGUGGCCAGCGAGCCGCUCACUGAUGAGAGUGCGGACUGGAUUCAGGUCCCACGCAACACGGCGGUGGUGAUGACGCAAUGUGCCGCGCAACACUAUGGUGGUGAUGACGCGGUUCAAGGGCGAGUUCGUGGAUGUGCUGCUCCUGAAUCCCUGUACUCCCCACCCCCCACCCCUUUAGGUCCCGCGCAACACGGCGGUUGUAAUGACACGGUUCAAGGGCGAGUUCGUGGAUGUGCUGCUGGUGCCGUGACUAUGCAUGUCAGCUCUGCUCUUGAUUUGCCCCUCCACCUCACCCACCAGGUCCCGCGCAACACGGCGGUGGUGAUGACGCGGUUCAAGGGCGAGUUCGUGGAUGUGCUGCUGGUGCCCAUCAACCCGCCCCCCUCUGUGGCUCGCGACAUCUCGCGCGCCUUCAAGGCCCUCGCCAGCUGCCCGCCCACCUCCCUCAAGGUCUCCCUCAGACGCCCCAGGCGAGCACAGGGGAGGAGGCGGGCGCCUGCUGCUGGGGCUCUGCAGCAGCGCCAGCAGCAGCAGCAGCAGCAGCAGCAACAGCAGCAGGUGGGGCAGUCUCCAGUUUCCACAGGAGGGGCGGCAGGAGGAGCGGGCAGCUGGAAGGAGGGUUUGCGAGACCUAGUCAGAGAUCAGGACGGGAGGGAUACCACGGGAGACGAGGAGGAGGACGAUGAAGAUGAUUUUGAUGGGGACGCGGAGAUUUACAGGCCGCGGCACGCGAUGGCGAAGCACCGGCAGCCGGUGCUGGCCCUUGCAGUGGAUGGUAACCGCGUGUUUGCGGGGUCGCAGGACGGGCUGAUCACGCUGUACGACCUGCGCGACUUCCGGUGUGUGUGCACGCUGGCGGGGCACAGCCAGACCAUCUUCUCCCUCUCCGUGCACCAUGACCGCCUCUACAGCUCCUCCACACGAGUCGUCAAGAUCUGGGACACCAAGACCUUCCGAUUGCUCUCCACUCUCCGGUACUCCGAUGGGGAUGUGUUCGCGCUCGCCCUCGCGCUUGGAAGGUCUGUCGCCGGCCCUGCAGGCACCUCCAUUGUUCGUUGCACCAGGGCGUCUGCUGCCGCUGCCGCUGCUGCUGCCGUUGCUAAGGGGCAUGGGGAGGGGCAGGGGGGUGGGCAGAAGCAGCUGAAGCAUCUGCACAGCUUGAAGGAUUUCGUGCUUCCCUCGGGUUCCUCCUUUCCCGAUGCCUCCACCAUGCUGGAAGCUUCUGUGUCACAACCAGCUGGUUCUACUGCUGCUGCUGGUGCUGCUGCUUCUGCUGCUGCUGCUUCUUCUGGUGCCUUCUCUCCAUCGCCUGCGGCAGCCAAUCACAGGUCGCCAGCUGCCAUGGCAGCAGCGGCGGCUGCUGCAGCUGCAGUGGCAGCAGGAGGGGAGGGUGUAGCUCGAGCCCGAACCAAAGGCCCAAGCUCGGGACUAGACGGUGGUUCUACAGCAGUGGGGUCUGGUGGGCAUGUGGUUCGGGUUGGGUUCGGGGAUCUCGCCCAAUCGUUGUCACCCGAAGCUCACCUGUACAGCUACCUGGAAGGGGCGAGGUCUGGCGGCGGAUCAGCAGCAGGUUCGUUACGUGGCUCGGGAGGGAGGUCUGGAGGUUCGUACAUGACAGUGGUAGGUGAGGGGGAGGAGGAGGAGGAUGAGGAGGUUGGAGGGAGGAGGGGUACGGAAGGGAAUGGUGGGAGUGGGGUGGAGGCAGGUGGGUGUUGUGGCGGGCAGAGAGAGGAGGUGAGAGUGGAAGGGUGGCAUCAGGAGGUGAUUGGCAGGUUACCUGAUAACCAGAAUGUAAUUAUGAACGGUCAGGUGAACGGUCAGGUGAAUGGUCAGGUGAAUGGCCAGGUGUUCAGUCAGGUGACUGGCCAGCAGCCGCAGCAGCACGAUACACAGGCAGCAGGGCAGCAGGAGCAGCAUCUGGGAGGAGGGGCGAACCCUUGUGAAGGAGGAGGAGGAGGAGGAGGGCCGGGAGGUACAGUGGUGGGUGGUGGAUGCAGCGAAGCUUUAAGCGUGGGUGGUGGUGGUGGUGGUGGAGGGGCAGCAGGAUUGGGAGCAGGAGGAGGAGGAGGAGGUGUGGGAGGGGCCAGCAGUGGAGUUGGAUGUGGGGCAGGAAGUGGGGGAGGGGUUGGCACGGUGUGCAACAGCACGGAAGCAGCGCUGGUGCUGACAGAUUCGAACAAGAAUGGCCACUGCAGCCGCGUCUAUGCUCUGGCUGUAGCAGACCCCCUCAUCUGUAGCGGCGCCGGCGACACCUUUGUCAAGGUGUGGUCUUUGGUGACGGGCGAGUGGGUGGCAACGCUGCAUGGCCACAAGGGGGGCGUCAUGGCGCUCGCCACGGCUGAUGCAGCAGCUGACUCCUCCCACCGCUCCUCCUCUGCUCCCAACCUUCUCGGCCCUUCCAAGCCUCACCAUGGACCGCCGCCCCGCGCGUCCAAGCCUCUGUGGCGCCUCUUCAGCGGGUCAAGGGACAACACGAUCAGGGUGUGGGACCUCUCAUCGUUGCUCUGCAUCACCACCCUCACCGGCCACACCGACGAUGUUGUGGGGCUCGCCACUGGCCCUAACAACCGUCUCUUCAGUGCGUCCGUGGAUCACACCAUCAGGGUGUGGAGCAUGGUGACAUAUGAGUGCGAGCGAGUGUUCCUUCAGGAGGGCUCCAUCUUCCUCUCCAUCGCAUGCACGCCCACCGGGGUCGUCACCGGCUCCAGCGACGGUGUAGUGCGGUACUGGGAGGUGGACUCUGCCAGCGUGGACCAAUCACAGUCCGCCACGGAGGACAGCAAGGGGCUUCCCACCGCCUCCCACUCGCACCACCUCCCGCAUUCCACUCCAAGCUUCAAGCUCCAGAACGAGUCGGUGGCGGCGGAGCAGAGGCUGAUGGAGGACACGCUGAGGCAGCUGGUGCGCAUGAGGACCGUCAGCACAUGCACGUCCCGCCUCGCUGCACAGGAGAUGUGGAGGGCGGCCAACGUGGUGAUGGGGUUGCUGGAGGACAUAGGGGCGGAAGCCAAGCUAGUGAUGGCCGUGGAUGGGACCAGCCCUGUUGUGUUCGGCCGCAUCGUGCAGGACCCCAGCCGUCUCACCGUGUGCAUAUGCGGGCAUUACGAUGUCACGGGUGCAGGCGAUAUGGACGGUUGGAUGAGCGACCCCUUUGAUCUGACGGCUCAGGACGGCUUUCUCAUUGGGCGAGGGGUGUCCAGCAGCAAGGGCCCGCUGAUUGCCUCGCUCUUUGCCAUCAAGGAUCUGGUGUGUCGGGGCGAGCUGGCAAUCAACAUUGUGUUUGUGAUCGACGGCAUGCAGGAGAACGGGUGCAAGGGUUUCAAGGAAGCAGUGUAUGCCAACCUGGACUGGUUUGAGGGCACGGGGCUCAUUCUCAGCAGCGAUGGCGCGUGGAUCAGCGACCAGCACCCGUGUCUGAUAUACGGCAUGCGGGGGCUGAUCUGUCUGACGGUGGCGGUGAGCGGGCCGCUCAAGGAUUUGCACUCGGGCACACACGGGGGCAGCUUCAACGAGCCUCUCAACGACCUUGUCACUGUGCUCUCCAACCUCGUCGACUCCAAUAACAUGAUUCUUAUUCCAGGGUUCUACGACGAUGUGAAGCCAUUGGACGAGGAGGAGGAGGCGUUGUACCAGGGGCUGCACUUCCGAGUGGAUGAGUACAAGGCGCGCAACGGGCUGGCGGCAGUGACAGGGGGCACGGCGAGGGAGGUGCUGCAGAGCUGCUGGCGCAGCCCGUCGCUGAGCGUGCUGGGCGUCUCCACCUCGCCCUCCUGCGCGCCCUCCUGGUCCUCCCUCCCCAAAGCUGCUUCCGCUAGGGUGGUGAUCCGGCACGUGCCGAACCAGAACCCUGACCGCCUGGUGCAUCGGUUCCGGGCGCACGUGGCGCAUGAGUUUGCCAAACUGCGGUCUGCGGGGAACUCCGUGACAGUCACGGUGGAGCACGUGGGCGACUGGUGGUUGGCAGACCCCUCCUGCUCCUUCUACCAGCUCGCAGAGAAGUGCAUUCAGAGGCACUGGGACAUGCCACCCAUGUACAUCAGGGAGGGUGGCACGAUGCCGGUGGUGCCAUUUCUGGAAUCAGCCUUGGGAGCGCCGGCCAUCAAGAUUCCCAUCAGCCAGGCCACCGACGGCAGCGCGCUCCAGAAUGAACGGCUGGGAUGGAGCCACCUCAUCAAGGGCAAGGAUGUGAUCCGGGACUUUAUCAAGGCUCUGGGGGACGGCAGCCGCAGCUGCUGA